CGGGGCGGGGCCGGGCGCCCUCGGAUCGCGAACCCGAGCCCGAGCCGCCCGCAGCCCGACGCUGACCGGGGCGCUGGGCUGCCGGCGGCGGGGACCACGCGCGGCGCGGAGGCGGCCCCGGACGCGGACGCCAGGCGUCGACACCGCUCGGGACCACAGAGCAUCGGCAGCACCUCCCAGGAGCCCGGCUUGCCGGGGACGCGGCAUCAUGGUCUCCCGCUUCACGAGGGCUCUCAGAGUCCUGGGCUCCCUCCUGCUGCUUGGGCUCCCGCUCAUCUGUUCGCAGCCCUCCACGGACCACAGAAAGGUCCCGCAGCGGAUGGCCGCGGCGGCUGAGGCUGCCCCAGAGGACAGCGGCGGUGCCCCAGGCGUGUGGGGAGCCUGGGGUCCCUGGUCCGCCUGCUCGCGCAGUUGCAGCGGCGGCGUGAAGGAGCAGACGCGGCCCUGCCUGCCCAGCCUGGCCCACGCCCCGACGCGUGCCUUCGCGGGCCGCGUGCUGUCGGCCGUGCGCACCUCAGUGCCGCUGCACCGGAGCCGCCAGGAGCUGCGCGCCGCGCCCGGCCCCGACUCCGGCCGCCAGGGACCCGCCGCGCUGCGAGGCAGCCGGCACUCGCAGGCCCCGCGCGGCGGCGGAGCCCCAGCAGAAAGAAGGGGCAGGACGCACGGCGCCAUCGGCCCCGGCAGGUACGGCUACGGCAAGGCCCCGUACAUCUUCCCGCUGCAGAUGGACUCCACGCAGCACCCACCGCAGAGGCUGCGGAGACAGAGGCCCCCUUCCGGCCAGGCCAGGGCCCAGGCCGCGGCGGCUCCUGGGCCUGGCUAUGGCCCAGCGCCCCAGCAGGGCCCCCAGCAUGCGCCUGGCUACCACGGUGCCCGCGGCCCUCACUUCGGGCUGCAGGCCUCCGAGGCCUCCAGCUACCAGCUGCCUUUGACCCAGGACCAGGGCUUCCCUGCGGCUUCAAGUCUCUUCCAAAGCCCAGACACGAGCAGCAGCCAUGCCGCGGGGGCCCCUGGCACAGCUCAGAGCUUCCUGCAGCCUCCCCGCUCCACCGCCAUCUCCUGCAUCGGCGCCUACCGGCAGUACAAGCUGUGCAACACCAAGGUGUGUCCAGAAAGCAGCAGGAGCAUCCGGGAGGUGCAGUGCGCGUCCUACAACAACAAGCCGUUCAUGGGCCGGUUUUACGAGUGGGAGCCGUUCGCAGAAGGUAAGGACCCACCUGGCCCUGCCUAGGAACUGUUCAAGGCCGGUCUCCCACCUGCUGGCGGCAGGGCUGUGGUCGCCGGUGCAGUGUGCACAAGGGACAAAAUCCGAUCCUGAGGCAGGGGGA